AUGGGAGUUUCGAAGCAAGUCUAUAAAUGGGGCUAUGGAGAUUACAUCGGUCCAAAUAAAUGGGGUUUGUACUAUCCAUAUUGCAAUGGCCUUCGUCAGUCACCUAUCAACAUCAUUUACAAGACAGUUCAACAUAAUCAGAGAUUACAGCCCUUGAAACUAUCCAAUUUUGAUAGAAUAAUUCAUGGAAAUUGUACCAUACGCAAUAAUGGCAAAAGUAUUGAUAUUUUUAUCCCUCAAACAGGCAAUGUUCCGACAUUGCAAGAUUAUCGAGGUGAAAUUUAUCAGAGCGCUGGUUUUCAUUUUCAUUGGGGUUCUACUAAUAGCCAAGGAUCGGAAACGUGGCUAAAUAAUAGGCAAUAUCCUCUCGAGGCCCACGUAGUGUUUUGGAAUACCAGAUUUGGAGAUUUGCAGACUGCAUUGUAUGAAAGUGAUGGUUUAGCAGUCAUUGGAACUUUGAUUAAUGCAAGUGUAACUAUUAAAUAA